GGGGUCUGUUUCCCUGGAAGCUCCAGUCCUUUCAGUUGGGCUGUAGUGUCCGGGGUGGAAACAACCCCAUUCACGCGGGGAUAUGCUACACGCAACCGCCCCAACUCUUCAUAGCUCUGCCUACAAUAAAUCGACACUUCUCACAUAGAAAUAUUGUAACAGAAAUAAUUAUUUGUGCACAAGAUUUAAAAAAAUAUAUAUUCGAAAAAUGUUUUGUAUUUGAAAAAAUUAUAGAAUUACGUAAUGAAACGCACGUGGUUUGGAGAAGAAGAGAGAGAGACAGAUAUAUGCUAAUCAACAAGUCGUAGAAUACAGAACUUCUGAAAUUAUUUUGGUGUAUCAGUAAAAAAUUGUGUAGAAUUUGUAACGCGUAACAAUUUUGAAAUUAUAGGACUUACAACUAACGGGACCGAAGAUGAUGGAAGAUAAGUCAUAUGGAGAGGAAAUUCUUCAGUUAAUAUCUGGAGGUGCUCUGACAGGAAGAGAGAUUCUUCUGGACCAAGAUUAGCAACUGCGGAGAAGCGAAACAGAUAAAGAAGAUCCCAGACGAACAGCAAACCCAGACAUACAUGAACAGAAAAUAUGGCAGGUCGUUGUGCGGAGAGCCAUCUGCAAGUGGCGCUUCUCGUCUUGACGCUUCUGACACGUGAGACAGGUCGCAUGACAGCAGGCUUCCGGGUCGAGAGCGUCACUUCCGGUAGAGAGCGCCUGGAAGUGGCUAGGCAGAUCCUGACUGAAGUGCCACUUAUUGACGGCCACAAUGACCUUCCAUGGAACAUCAGGAAGUUUGUCCACAAUCAGCUUCGAGAUUUCAAAUUCAACGAAGAUCUUCGGUCGGUGGCGCCUUGGUCAAAGAGCGCCUGGUCCCAUACAGACCUCCUGAGGCUAAGAAGAGGGAUGGUCGGUGGACAGUUCUGGGCGGCCUACGUUCCCUGUGAGUCUCAACAUCUGAACGCCGUUCAACUGACACUCGAACAAAUUGAUCUCAUCAAACGCCUUAUCGACAAGUACGAAGAACAUCUGCAGUUUGCCUCCUCCGCCAAUGAGAUAAUCGAAGCACACGAACAAAACCGCAUAGCCUCUCUGAUCGGCGUGGAAGGAGGCCACAGUAUCGGCAACAGCUUGGCUGUCCUCAGGAUUCUGUACGACCUUGGUGUGCGUUACAUGACGCUCACCCACACAUGCAAUACUCCUUGGGCUGAUUCUUCAUCCGUGGAACACCGAGGGAAGUACCCAGAACACGGAGGACUGACGGAGUUUGGUAAGGCCGUGGUCCGCGAGAUGAACCGGCUAGGCAUGAUGGUGGACCUGUCACACGCCUCAGUCCACACCAUGAAGGACGCUCUGGCCGCUAGCAAGGCCCCCGUUAUGUUCUCACACUCCUCGGCCUUCGCUCUGUGCAACUCCUCCCGAAACGUCCCCGAUGACGUCCUCAAAUCAUUAGCAUGGAAUGGAGGUCUAGUCAUGGUCACAUUCUAUAAUUAUUUUGUGAAAUGUGGACCCAAAGCUACUGUAGCGGAUGUAGCAGAGCACAUCAGCUACAUUCGAGACUUGAUUGGUGUGGACCAUAUUGGUGUUGGUGGGGACUUCGAUGGUAUCAACAGGACACCGCGAGGCUUAGAGGACGUCUCUAUGUAUCCUGAACUCUUCGCUGAACUCUUAAGAAGCGGACACUGGACAGUCGGAGACUUAAAAAAAGUGGCCGGGCUCAACUUACUGAGAGUAUUUGCCAAAGUAGAAAAGGUCCGUGACGAUAUGCGAACGGCAGGAGUUAUGCCAUCGGAAGAAAUGAUCUCAAAACCCGACUCGGGAGAGAGGUCGCCUUGUUCUUACGAUAUCUCUCAAGCCGAGUGGGAGAUGGAGUUGUGAUGCUGAGCUAAGUGUCACCACCACCAGAGAGAGGCCACUAUUCCUGAACACACCCUAGACAACUGCUCAAACUACCCCGGAUCUUCAGAGAACAUCCUCCCGGUGAAUAAGCCGGACCUAGAACUCUACCACAGUGAUAGCCAGCAAUGGAUCCUGGAGUUUAACUCUUGCGGAAUCUAUAAAAAGCUUGACGAAAAAAGAAAAGAAUUACGAAACUAUCCAACUGUACAACCAAAUCUAUUCUGAAAGAAGUCCGGUGAUUUGGGGGGACAUUAAUUUUUGCGUAUUAUGUAAGCGAUCCAUCAUCAGCUGACGAAUGGAAUGAGGGGAUCAAUAUGUACAAUAACUACCAAACUGGACAAACAAGAAUAUAUCAACCUGAAGGAAGUCCGGUGAUUUGGGGGAACAACAUUUUGCAUACUGUAUAAACGAUGCUCUCUCAACUAACAAAUGAAAUUAAUAUGUGAAUAUGUACAGUGAAAUUUAAAGGAGUAAGAGGGAAGAAAUCGGAGCCUGUUUUCUAGUAUUCUUCGAGAAUUAUUCUAUUUUUUCUGUGUGGGUUAUUCUAUGACAUUGUCAACAUUUAGACUAUAGAGUGCUGAACAGUAGCCUGAUUGAUGAAUGAUGAACAAGAAAGGAUUUGAAUGGAUACGGUCGUAUCUUAAUCGAGGUGCUUCCUUAAAAAUUACCUUGAGGAACUGAAGAAAAGCACGAAAAACUUUGGUCAAAAUAGACGACAUCCCGUCCGAGAGUCGAACCGAUCAGUUCCCGAUUACAAAUAUAGAGCUUAACCGCUAGACCACUCUGGCCUGUUUGGAAUCCACCGACAGAAACUCUGGAAAACUCACUCGUGGAGCUGAGCCCUUCUUGAGAAGCCGCCAGUUGUGCAGCCAUUCAAGAACUUCCCAGCAUUU